AUGAGCAACAGGGAUUCGCCCUCUGGCGGAAACGGUGGCAACGGUGGCUAUGGCGGCGGCGGCGCGGCCCAGAGGCCACCUCAAGCUUCGUUUGGCCAGGGCCCUUCUCCCUACGGCGGAGGCAACAACGUAGAGAUGUCCAACCUUCCUAGCAAUAACAGCUACGGCGGCGGCGGUGGCUACGGUGGUGGUAACAACGGCGGAUACGGUGGCGGCGCCAGCAAUGGCGGCGGUGCGACGUCUAUCCUUGACGAGUGCAGCGAGAUUGAUAGGGGCAUCGAGGAGGUCGAGCAGAACCUUAACCAACUCCGAAACCUCCAUCGCGCGGCCCUCAACGAUACCGACACCAGCGGUGGCAGCCGCGUCAACCGCGAACUCGACGGCCUUUCGUCCGAUACCAUGACCCUUUACCGAUCCCUCGUCGAGCGUGUCCGAAAGAUCAAGUCGAACCCGGCGUCCCGCCAGGGAAUGAACGCUAGGCAAGUCGAGCGCAUAGACGGUCGCCUUAAGAACGCCAUCCGCCAGUACCAGGAGAUUGACGCCGACUUCCGACGAGAGACCCAGUCCCAGAUUGCCCGACAGUACCGAAUCGUCAAGCCCAACGCAUCCGAGGAUGAGGUCGCGGCGGCCGUUGACGGUUCCGACGGUGGCCAGGUCUUUGCCCAAGCUCUCAUGCAGAGCAACCGCCAGGGCCAGGCCACCGCCGCUCUUAACAACGUUAGGGCCCGUCACGAUCAGAUUCUCAAGAUCGAGCGCCAGAUGACCGAGCUCGCUCAGCUCUUCCAGGACAUGAACACCCUUGUCGUACAACAGGAAGUCGCCGUCACCCAGAUCGAGCAGAAGGCCGAGGAGGUUGUCGAGAACCUCGACAAGGGCAACGAGGAAAUCGGCGUCGCUGUCAAGACUGCGAGGGCUACCCGCCGCAAGAAGUGGUGGUGCCUUGGUAUCACUGUCCUCAUCAUCGUCAUCGUCGUCGUGGCUAUUCUCGCCUAUCUCGGUGUCAACGGAAAGCUUGGCGGCGGUGGUGGUAACGAUAACAACAACAAUACCAAGCGUGGCCUCGUCAGCGCGAACGUCCAAGCUGUCAGCUCGACCCUAUCCAGGACGGUUCCCAGCGUUUCCCGCCAAUUCACCGAGACAAUCUCCCGAGCGAGAUCUCUGCAGCCAGGAGCCAAGUUCAGGAAGCUAGAAUAG